AAGUAGGUGGCGGUAAUGCACCAAUGUUGGGCGACAGCCAAAAACUGUGAAGAAGAAGACCACAGUAGCCGGAGGCAUGGACGUCACUAGAGGAGUUUUGAGAGACAUCAUUUAGCUAAUUUUGACUAGGCAGAGAGUGCGCCGCCAUGGUAAAAAAGGACAGGGGAGACCGGGAGAAGAAGAAGUCAAAGAAGCGGCCCUACGAGGAUGAGGAAGACGACGAAGAGCCACUGGGCAGCGAGCCUCAGGAGUCCAUACCGGCAGCUGCAGGGAAGCAAGUGGAUGAAUCCAGCACUAAAACGGAUGAGUAUGGGGCGAAGGACUAUCGCUUACAGAUGCUCCUAAAAAAUGAUCACACCUCCCGGCCUCUCUGGGUGGCUCCUGAUGGCCACAUCUUCCUGGAGGCGUUUUCACCGGUGUAUAAGUAUGCACAGGAUUUCCUGGUGGCUAUUGCUGAGCCCGUGUGCCGCCCGACACACGUCCACGAGUACAAGCUCACCGCCUACUCCCUGUACGCAGCGGUCAGCGUCGGCCUACAGACCUCUGACAUCAUAGAGUACCUGCAGAAACUUAGCAAGACCUCUGUACCCGAAGGCAUCGUGCAGUUCAUCAAGCUCUGCACUGUAAGCUAUGGGAAGGUGAAACUCGUACUGAAGCACAACAGGUACUUUGUGGAGAGCACAUUUCCUGAGGUGAUCCAGCGGCUCCUGCAGGACACUGUGAUUCGAGAGUGUCGUCUUCGCACCGCAGAUGGGGAUGACACCGAGCUCAUCACGGAGGUCAUCUCUAGCAAGCCAGCGAUUUCUAAGUCGGUGCAGGACAACGGAGGCCCCUCCACAUCGCAGGGAGCUGAUGGACAGCGCUCUGGGACUGAGGUCCCUGAGGACAUCUUCAGCUACUAUGAGCAGAUGGACAAAGAAGAGGAGGAGGAAGAGGAGACUCAGACUGUGUCCUUUGAGAUCAGACAGGAGAUGAUCGAGGAGCUGCAGAAACGCUGCAUCCAGCUGGAGUACCCCCUGCUGGCGGAGUACGACUUCCGCAAUGACACGGUGAACCCCGACAUCAACAUGGACCUGAAGCCCACCGCCGUCCUGCGGCCCUAUCAGGAGAAGAGCCUGCGCAAGAUGUUCGGCAACGGCAGAGCGCGCUCGGGGGUGAUCGUGCUGCCCUGCGGUGCUGGUAAGUCUCUGGUGGGUGUUACGGCAGCCUGUACAGUGCGGAAGCGCUGCCUGGUGCUGGGGAACUCCUCCGUCUCUGUGGAGCAGUGGAAGGCCCAGUUUAAGAUGUGGUCCACCAUCGACGACAGCCAGAUAUGCCGCUUCACGUCCGACGCCAAGGACAAGCCCAUCGGCUGCUCGGUGGCCAUCAGCACCUACUCCAUGCUGGGCCACACCACCAAGCGCUCGUGGGAGGCCGAGCGCGUCAUGGAGUGGAUGCGGAGCCAAGAGUGGGGUCUCAUUAUCCUCGACGAGGUGCACACCAUCCCUGCACGGAUGUUUCGGCGGGUGCUGACGAUCGUGCAGGCUCACUGCAAGCUGGGCCUGACGGCCACCCUGGUGCGAGAGGAUGACAAAAUCGUGGACCUUAACUUUCUGAUCGGGCCCAAGCUUUACGAGGCUAACUGGAUGGAGCUGCAGAACAAUGGCUACAUUGCCAAAGUGCAGUGUGCUGAGGUGUGGUGCCCGAUGUCCCCGGAGUUUUAUCGGGAGUACGUGGCGAUCAAGACGAAAAAGCGCAUCCUGCUGUACACGAUGAACCCCAACAAGUUCCGCGCCUGCCAGUUCCUCAUUCGCUUCCACGAGCGGCGCAACGACAAGAUCAUGGUCUUCGCCGACAACGUCUUUGCACUUAAAGAGUAUGCCAUUCGUCUGAACAAGCCCUACAUCUAUGGUCCCACCUCCCAGGGUGAGCGCAUGCAGAUCCUGCAGAACUUCAAGCACAACCCCAAGAUCAACACCAUCUUUAUCUCUAAGGUGGGAGACACGUCCUUCGACCUGCCCGAGGCGAACGUUUUGAUCCAGAUCUCCUCCCACGGGGGCUCCCGCAGACAGGAAGCCCAGAGGUUGGGCAGAGUGCUUCGCGCCAAGAAAGGAAUGGUUGCGGAGGAGUACAACGCCUACUUCUACUCGCUGGUCUCCCAAGACACCCAGGAGAUGGCCUACUCCACCAAGAGACAGAGGUUUCUGGUGGACCAGGGCUACAGCUUCAAGGUGAUCACCAAGCUGGCAGGUAUGGAGGAGGAGGACCUGAUGUUCUCCUCCAGGGAGGAGCAGCAGCAGCUCCUGCAGAAGGUCUUGGCAGCCUCAGACCUGGAUGCCGAGGAGGAGGUGACGAUGGGGGAGGUGGGCGGCAGCAGCAGACAGCAGUUCUCGCGUCGCGCGGGCACCAUGAGCUCUAUGUCCGGCGCCGACGACACGGUCUACAUGGAGUACCAGACCGCGCGCGGCAGCCGGGCCUCCUGCAACGCCAAGAACAUCCACCCGCUCUUCAAGCGCUUCCGGAAAUAGGGCUCCCCGGGUGACCGCUGGCCUGCGCGCCGAGCCGAGCCCCCUCCGAGCGUCGCGCGGGACUGCGUCCGUGGAAACGGAGAGCUGCUCUCCAGUCACCUGGAAGCUCAGGUUUACAGGCUCGUGGAGCGGAGGAGGAAAGCGGGAACAAUAAGAGCGCUGUACUGACUGCAGCGAAAGGAGGCCCCUGUGGAACAAGCCCUCGCGUCUCUGUGUGUCUCAGGGGAAUCCUUCUUCUCCAAGAACUGAGCCGUUAUUUGUUGCUUUUUGAUACAUUUGUUUUUUUGUUGGAGGCGUUUGCUUUUUUAAGGUCUUGUGACCAAGAAUUUCCCAUUCCCACUUAAAAUAAUGCUGCUUCACUUUUCAAUUUGUUACGUUAUAAACGUCCAAUGUACUGUAUUUACAAUGUAAUAUAAAGUGCUGUGUUGAUGUA